AAUGUCUCUAGUAUUUGAACUUGGUGGUCACUAGUUACCACAGCCACAAACUUCGCCCAUUUCUACAAUUUUCUUCUUAAAAUUUGGAUUUUUAGACCUAACCUUAUCCAGACGGUUAACCGUAUGGCUAACAAUAACUCUUCAUUAACACCCCAAAUCACAUUUUUUGUUUUUAUAUAUUUUACUAUAUAGUUGAAACACGUGUUGGAUUCCCGUUUGCAUUGCGUGUGUGCGUCACAGCUGUGCCACCCCAAAGUCAUUCCAGUUUUCUAGUGUAGCUAGCUAGCUAAGUAAUCUGGAUUGACAAGAAUCUAGAAUGUCACAUAGAACAUUUGAGGACGUGAAGAACGUCAUUCUAUCAGCCCACAAAAACACAGAGGCCGGGGACAAAGUCGGCUUCUACAACACCUGGGCAGAGAACUAUGACCAGGACGUGGGUCUUCUGGACUAUCGUGCGCCGAGUCUGGCGGCAAACUGCCUGUCCCCCUGUUUCCAUGGCGACCGGGUGACAGCAGUGAUUCUGGACGUGGCCUGUGGCACUGGAUUGGUUGCAGCACAGCUGAAGAGGAUGGGCUUCAGGCAUUUUGUGGGCGUUGAUGGGAGCAAAGGCAUGUUGGAACUGGCCAAUAAGACGGGCCUCUACCAGGACCUCAAGCAAUGCAUGCUGGGAGACGAACCACUUCCUGUCCAAGCUGGGCAGUUUGAUGUGGUAGUGAUUGUUGGGGCGCUAAGUGACGGCCAGGUGCCAGUGAGAGUCAUCAGAGAGCUGUGCCAGGCCACCAAACCAGGUGGUUACGUCUGCAUGACAACCAGAGGUAACCAUGACAACCUGGAGUACAAGGCAGCGCUGGAGCAUGAGCUGGAGCUGAUGGAGGGGGCGGGGCUCUGGGGUCACGUUGCGAUCACAGAGGUGGAGGACUGGGAGAAAGCCGUAGCGGAGCCGGAGAAAGGGUACAUACCUGGAGUGGUGUAUGUUUACAGGAAGUCAUCACAGUGACAUUAUCACAAACACUUUUGUUUUGCCAAAAUAAUUUCCAUGUAAAUAAUUUGUCCAUGUAAAUGGACAAUAAAGUAUAUUGUAUCGUAUCACAUUGACCUCAUCACAGUAACAGACCUGUAACAACCCUGUACAGUAACACCUGUACAGUAACACCUGUACAGUAACACCUGUACAGUAACACCUGUACAGUAACACCCCAGUACAGUAACACACCUGUACAGGCCAUAACAGUGAAAUCACAGUAACAUCCCUGAACAGUAACACACCUGUACAGGCCAUAACAGUGACAUCACAGUAACACCCCUGUAUAGUAACACACCUGUACAGUCUGUGACAGUGGCGCCCUACAUUGGCAUUGAGCGGCCAUCUUUGAAGGCAGCUAUUAUUCCAAAGAUAAAGAUGCCUAGAAAAUGCUUAUCCAAUAGAAAUCCCCUCAAACACGCUUGUAGACAAUGUUAUGGCGACGUUAGCUAGUGAAGAUCAUCCACAGAAAAAUGAAAUCAGGUCUAACGUUCGUGUUGUUCCGAACUGCGCCAUUUUAGCUAGUGGCCAUUACAGAAUGUCUAUAUACCAAAUAUUGAAAGUAUCUGAGUUACGGUUCAUGAGAAGAAGAAUUUUAAAGUAAUUUAGCAUUAGCUUUAUGCUAGCCCUUUUUGUCGAACUUCAACGACCUGUGUUGUCUUUGGAGAUAUCCACAACAAACGUAUUUAAUUAUGAUCAAUCAUGUACGAGUUGUAUUUGAUAGUUUGACUGAUAUAACAAAAUAGCCUGGAUUUAUAGGCAUCAAAGUUUGUGAGAAGUUGUCGUCAGCCAAGCCAGUUGUAGCUUCAGAAGUUGUAGUAGAGUCUUCGUCAGACAAGCCAUCUGUAGCUUCAGAAGUUGUAGUAGAAUCUUCGUCAGACAAGCCAGUUGUAGCUUCAGAAGUUGUAGUAGAGUCUUCGUCAGACAAGCCAGUUGUAGCUUCAGAAGUUGUAGUAGAGUCUUCGUCAGACAAGCCAGUUGUAGCUUCAGAAGUUGUAGUAGAGUCUUCGUCAGACAAGCCAGCUGUAGCUUCAGAAGUUGUAGUAGAAUCUUCGUCAGACAAGCCAGCUGUAGCUUCAGAAGUUGUAGUAGAGUCUUCGUCAGACAAGCCAGCUGUAGCUUCAGAAGUUGUAGUAGAGUCUUCGUCAGACAAGCCAGCUGUAGCUUCAGAAGUUGUAGUAGAGUCUUCGUCAGACAAGCCAGCUGUAGCUUCAGAAGUUGUAGUAGAGUCUUCGUCAGACAAGCCAGCUGUAGCUUCAGAAGUUGUAGUAGAGUCUUCGUCAGACAAGCCAGCUGUAGCUUCAGAAGUUGUAGUAGAAUCUUCGUCAGACAAGCCAGCUGUAGCUUCAGAAGUUGUAGUAGAGUCUUCGUCAGACAAGCCAGCUGUAGCUUCAGAAGUUGUAGUAGAGUCUUCGUCAGACAAGCCAGCUGUAGCUUCAGAAGUUGUAGUAGAGUCUUCGUCAGACAAGCCAGCUGUAGCUUCAGAAGUUGCUCAAGUAAAGUUGCAUGAGUAAUGCAGAGUAAUUCUGGAGGUGGACACGGUGACAUGUAGAUGCAAGUCAGAUAAUUUUGUAUCCCCAAAAUGCAACAUGCAUUGAAAGUUGGUGAUCAAUGGAAUCGGGUAAGAGCAUUUCUUUUGUAUCGUUGUUGAUAAUGUUUCUUGAACUAUUUGUAAUCGUAUACUGUCUGUUUUUUUCCAUGUUUUUUCAUAAGGUAGUCAUUUAUGAGCCUUGAGCUGUUGUAAUCAUCAUGUAUGUCAAUUGUCUUUAUUGUUGUUUAAACUCAACCAAAUAAAAUCAAAUGUUUUUAUAAAG